GGACCUAAAAUAUAUGUUUCUUCUUUGGUUUGGUCAGCUUUUCAUCUUAGUUGUCCUUUUUUGUCCUCUUGGUUUUCCUUCACUAUCUGGUAUCUUUAUCAAUGUAGGAACUGGGUUUUUUAUAUUGGUAAUUGGCAGGAGGUCCCUCUGUUGUUCCAGCAGUCCUCUUGCUGGGAAUUGGCUGAGUGAGUGAUCGAGAGUGGAAAGUACAGAAGAGAUCAGGUUGAUUAGUCUGUUUCCCACUCCUGAUUUUUGUACCUGCUGACUCAAAGCUGAGCAUUUCUGCAGCGCCUGUAGGAAAAAGGGCUCUGCCUCUCUGCCAUCCUUUGGCCCUGCAUGUCUUGGGAAGUGGCCAGCUUUGCCCUGGUCUAUCUUGUAAUACAAUUUCCUCUGCUUUCUCUCCAUCGUCUAGAAAAUGGCCAGCAUUCAAAUAGACUGUGGCCCUCAGACCUUCUCAUUACUGUUAUGCUGUGAUUCCCUCAUGAAUGAAUGUCUGUACUGUUAUGUCACUGGGAUUUGGGGAGGAUGGGGAGGUAAGUGCGUAUGCCUAUAUUUAGCCUGUCAUCUUGAAAGGAAGCUGCUUUAUGCCACACCAUUGCUGACAUAAGGACUGCUUGCCACUCCCUUUCCUCUGUUGGCUUAAUGACUGAGUGGAUUUACAAUUGUUGUCUGUUUUCACAAAUCAUAGCUAUCAAUCUUUUGUCAAAUAGGAAAAUUUUAAUUAAUUCAGGGAUUAAAUUUCUCCUUGUAGCUACUUAGUCCAUUUUAAGUAGAAGUUAGCAUCAGUGAAGCGUGUGAUCCUUCCUGCCCUGGGAUAGGUAGAUUUCUAUUGGGUUCAGGGGCUGGGUAACUUUACAAGACCUUUCUUGUUUCUCUAGCUUUUUUCCAGACAAACAGAAAUAACAAGGCCUGUUUACUUUUGCUUGUUUUGUAGGAAUGAUAAUAAAAACAUCAUCAAGCAUUUAGUGCUUAAUAAGUGCCAGAUAUUAUUCUAAGUGCUUUAUAUGUAUGAACUCAUUUAACUCAAUAACAGUAAUUACUGGGGUUUUUGUUUUGUUUUGUUUUUGUUUUUUUUUAAGUUUUCUUUCUAUUUUCCUAACUGCUAGACUAUAUGGGAAGUAAUUACUGUUAUUAUCCCUAUUUUACAGACAAUGAAACUGAGGCAGAGAGAGGUUAAAGAACUUGCUCAAGGUCACAUAGCUGGAAAUGACUUAGAGGCCUUACAAAUACAUCUGUGCAUUCUUGCUUCAGACUUCACAAUUGAGGGCCAACCCAGUCUGGAAGCACCUCUUAUUAAUGUUACAAGGAAACCGCUACCUCAGCAAACAAAAGGAAAGGAGGAGAAGACUUAUAAUAACAAAUCCCAUUUUUAAAAAAAGUUUGUUUUCAGAAAACAUUAGAGGAAAUUUGGAAAUUUUUUGCAUUGCAGAGACAAAGCUUUACAGGUAAAUGGAUUUGACAGGCAGGCUCUGUCAAAAUUCUGCAGAGGUUUGAUCUUCCUUCCUAAGGACUUUGUGUAAAGUAAUUCUGUACUGCUUUUUAAAUUGCUGUUGAUCAGCUUGUGGGUUUUUGGGUUCUAACUUUUUGGUAUGUUGAAGAUACAUGGUAUUACAUUAUAUUACAUUUUUAAAGCUUAAGUUAUUUUUCUGCCAUUGUAAAUACAAAUAUGGAAGUAUUCUUGCAAAGCAAUUAUAAGUAAACAUUUUUCUCAGCAAGCAUAUCUUUUUAUUAAGAGAGUGGAAUGCUAAACAGUUCUUAUGUAGCAUUUUGGACACACUUUUAUUUUUUGUCAGAAGUCCUGCCUACACUGAAAAUAUUAAUUAUAAAAACCUGUUGUCCUCACAUCUACAUUGGAUCACGUCACCUGCCUCAUGGAAAUGCCGUUUUUAAAACUUAGAUUUGCAGAACUCCACUAUUUUUAUACCUAGCUACCACUUUGGAAAAAAAAGAAUCAGAACCCUGACCUACUCAGGGUCACUGGGACAGUCUCUCUCCCGCAUGUAUUGCUGCAGUGCCCAGGACAGUAAAAUGGACUACAAGCGGCGCUUUUUGCUUGGCGGGUCCAAGCAGAAGGUGCAGCAGCACCAGCAGUACCCGAUGCCCGAGCUGGGCCGAGCACUGAGUGCUCCCCUGACAUCUACAGCCACCACUGCCCCCCUGGGCAGUCUGACCGCUGCAGGCAGCUGCCACCACGCCGUGCCCCACUCCACUCCCAUCGCCGACAUCCAGCAGGGCAUCUCUAAGUACCUGGAUGCCCUCAACGUCUUCUGCCGUGCCAGUACUUUCCUCACAGAUCUUUUCAGCACUGUGUUCAGGAACUCUCACUACGCAAAGGCAGCCAUGCAGCUCAAAGAUGUGCAGGAGCACGUCAUGGAAGCAGCCAGUCGGCUGACCUCAGCCAUAAAGCCUGAGAUCGCCAAAAUGCUGAUGGAACUUAGUGCUGGGGCUGCAAACUUUACCGAUCAGAAGGAAUUCAGUCUGCAGGACAUUGAGGUAUUGGGGCGAUGUUUCUUGACGGUGGUGCAAGUCCAUUUCCAGUUCUUGACUCAUGCAUCACAGAAGGUCCAGCCGGUGGCUCACUCUUGCUUUGCCGAAGUGCUUGUGCCAGAAAAAAAGAAUAGUAGCAGUGGUGGUGGCUUACCUGGCACGGGACACACACCUGAGCUGGAGGAAGCUGUGCGAUCCUGGCGGGGGGCUGCUGAGGCAACAUCUAGACUAAGAGAAAGAGGCUGCGAUGGUCGCCUGGCAGGAAUUGAAGUUCAACAGCUCUUUUGUUCUCAAAGUGCAGCAAUUCCUGAGCACCAGCUAAAAGAACUGAACAUAAAAAUUGAUAGUGCUUUGCAGGCAUAUAAAAUAGCUCUAGAAAGCUUGGGCCACUGUGAAUAUGCAAUGAAAGCUGGCUUCCACCUGAAUCCAAAGGCAAUUGAAGCAAGUUUGCAGGGCUGCUGCAGCGAGGCGGAAGCCCAGCAGACGGGGCGAAGGCAGACACCCCCACAGCCCAUGCAGUGUGAGCUUCCCACCGUCCCCGUGCAGAUAGGAUCGCACUUCCUGAAGGGUGUCUCCUUUAAUGAGUCCGCCGCCGACAAUCUGAAACUAAAGACGCAUACAAUGUUACAGCUGAUGAAGGAAGCCGGCUGCUGCAAUGGAAUCACAUCCAGGGACGAUUUUCCUGUGACUGAAGUACUGAACCAGGUGUGCCCGUCCACAUGGCGGGGUGCCUGCAAGACCGCUGUGCAGCUGCUGUUUGGCCAGGCUGGACUGGUGGUAGUCGACACAGCACAAAUUGAAAAUAAAGAAGCCUACGCCCCCCAGAUCAGUUUAGAAGGCUCCAGAAUCGUGGUUCAAGUCCCGUCCACAUGGUGCCUGAAGGAAGAUCCUGCUACCAUGUCCCUACUGCAGAGAAGCCUUGAUCCUGAGAAGACCCUGGGUCUGGUGGACGUGCUCUACACUGCUGUGCUGGACCUGAACCGCUGGAGAGCAGGGAGGGAACAAGCUUUACCCUGCAUACAGAUCCAGCUUCAAAGGGAGAUCUGUGAUUUUGGGAAUCAGGCUGACCUGCCUUCCGGAAAUGGAAACAAAUCUUCUGGUGGCCUGCAGAAGACAUUCUCCAAACUGACCUCCCGGUUCACCAAGAAAACUUCGUGUGCCAGCUCUAGCAGCAGCACCAAUUAUUCCAUCCAGAGUACCCCUUCCAAAAACAUCUUCAUAGCUGGGUGUUCAGAAGAGAAGGCCAAAAUGCCCAGUAAUAUUGAUGCAAGGUUGCAAAACAUUUUGAACAUUGGUAAUUUCCCUAGGACUACAGACCCUUCACAGUCAGCUCAGAAUUCCAGUAAUCCAAUGGCCAAUGGUUUUCUCAUGGAGAGACGUGAGACCUUCCUGCAUGGGGACGAAGGCAAGGAUGAGAAGGGUAUGAACUUACCAACAGAUCAGGAAAUGCAAGAGGUGAUAGAUUUUCUUUCAGGCUUUAACAUGGGCCAGUCACAUCAGGGCUCUCCGUUGGUGACAAGGCGUAAUUCUGCUGCCACAGCCAUGGUGACUGAGCAGAAGGCAGGAGCCAUGCAGCCACAGCAGCCAUCACUGUCAGUGGCCCCUCCACCACGGCCACCCCAGGCUGGAGCACACACACCUCUGACACCCCAGCCAGGACUGGCACCUCAGCAGCAGUCCCCAAAGCAACAGCCACCCCAGGUCCCAUACUGCCAACACCUACUCCAACCCAUUGGACCACAGCAGCCCCCACCCCAGCCUCGGGCACCCGGGAAAUGGGUGCAUGGCUCAUCCCAGCAGCCAGCACAGACCGUUGGAGCAGGUCUGUCUCCUCUUGGUCAGUGGCCCGGCAUAUCUGAUCUCAGUUCUGACUUGUACAGCUUGGGUCUGGUGAGCAGCUAUAUGGACAAUGUGAUGUCAGAGGUUUUGGGACAGAAGCCGCAGGGACCUAGAAAUAAUACCUGGCCAAACCGUGACCAAAGCGAUGGAGUCUUUGGGAUGUUGGGAGAGAUCCUGCCUUUUGAUCCUGCAGUGGGUUCAGACCCAGAGUUCGCACGCUACGUGGCAGGAGUGAGCCAGGCAAUGCAGCAGAAGCGGCAGACCCAACACGGUCGCCGUCCAGGCAACCCCCGGGGCAACUGGCCGCCCAUGGACGAUGCCCACCGGACCUGGCCUUUCCCGGAGUUCUUUACAGAAGGGGAUGGCCUGCACGGCGGCUGGUCAGGUGCUCAGGGAGACUCCGCCAGCUCGAGUGAUGAGACAUCUUCGGCCAAUGGAGACAGCUUGUUCUCCAUGUUUUCAGGGCCUGAUCUCGUCGCUGCUGUCAAGCAGAGAAGGAAACACAGCAGCGGAGAGCAGGAGACCAGUACACUGCCCUCGCCGCCUCUCCUUACUACGAUAGAGGACGUGAACCAGGAUAACAAAACCAAAACAUGGCCACCCAAAGCACCCUGGCAACACCCUUCCCCGCUGCCCAGCACGCUGCCCAGCCCAAGCGCACAACUUUAUGCAGUCGCCAGCCCCGGCAGCCAGUGGAACGACACCAUGCAAAUGCUGCAGUCUCCAGUGUGGGCCGCAACCAGUGACUGCAGUGCCGCCUCCUUCACCUACGUGCAGCCCCCCCCACAGCCCCCACCCCCACCAGCACACAAGGCAGUACCCAAGGGCUUCAAGGCUUUCCCUGGGAAGGCCGAGCGCAGGCCGGCUUACCUGCCCCAGUACUGAUCCAGGGCCGGCCUGCUUGCAUGCCCGGAGCUGCUGGGGUGAGUGUCCCUGCCCUAGGGCCAACUAACUGACACCAGCCCCCCAGAGGACCAGUGUACCCCUGUCCCAGGGAGAGUUCCUUGGGGACAAGGGUGGUUGGCAGCUCCAAGCCUUCGAAGCCUGGCUUUUCAAAUUUUGGAGGCAUCAGAGCCCUGGAGAGCCCAGCUGUAGGCAGAGGUUUCUAACCCUCAGGAUGCUGGGGAAUCUGCAUGCCUAGUAAGCACCUCAGGGGGCUCUGCUGCAGGCAGCCACCGGCCACACUUGGAGCAGCACAGCUCGUGGGUUUUUAGUCCUGCUCUGUGUUGGGAAGGCCUCAGGCCUGAAGGCUUAGAGCAAAACUGACCAUUUUUCUAAAACCCUCUCCUCCUCCUCCCUUCACACCUUGAGUGAUGACCACACCAAUCACUGUAUUUUAUAGCUAUUUUUUCAUGUAGGUUUUUAGUUAAAACAUCUCCUGCCUAACAUGCAUCGAGUAUUUUAAGGUAACAGAUAUACUGGCUGGAGGUUUGUUCAACACUAUCUUUAUUUAAGCUUAUAUAAAACGGGCAGAGUUUAGAAUAUUUGUGAGCAGAAGCAGUCACCUGGGUUUCUGUGGGUGGCAGCUCCUUGCCACCCAGCGCACCCGGGGAGUGCAGUGUCUACCAGAUUCACCACAGCAGGGUGGUAAAACUGAUGUCGGAGGCGUAUUGCCGAAGGCUUGUGGAGAUGAGCCGGCCAGCUGCUGUCUGUGUGCAGGAUGAAGCUGCACCUGCUGCCCGCGGGGCCUUCCCCAUGUGGCCAGAGGCCCCGACGCGGUCCUCAGAGCAGGGGGUGUGGUCAGGGGCUGCACAGAGACACCUGCACUUGAAACUGCAGGAACAUUGUGAGCUGGCUCAGAAGGCAAACCAAUUAAGAUGUAGAUAGAAAUUAAUUUAAAGUCUUUUCUUAAAAAAAAAAAAAAAAUCCACCUCAUUUUCAGUUAACAUGUGCCAUUAAAUAGAUGACAUCCUGUGGAUUUAGGAGUAUUUUCCGGCCAGAAUGGAUCCAGAAGAAUUGAAUGGUGCUUAAAUUGAGAAUUAAUAAUAAAUCUAUCUCUAUAGAAUAGACAUAUCCCACUGUAUAUUAAUUGAGGUUACAGAAAGUUCUUUAUAUAAAACUUAUUUAAAUUUUUCAUAUUUCAUCUUUGAAAAAGUCUAAUUGAGAAAAAUCCAUAAUAUUUUCUGGUAUGAAAGUUUGACAGUAUUAAUAUUUUUUUUUAUAUUUUCUUAAAUCAUUAAACCAUUUUAAUAUAUGUUAACUACUAAUAAAUGGUUUAUUCUUUCUAGCUCCAUAUAAGCUUUUCCAGCAAAGAUUGUAAUAACACAUUUAUGUUCUCAUUUUUCUACAGAUAUAAGUAAAUUUAUAUUUAAAAAUACCAAAAAGAAUAUAUAUAUGUAUGUACACACACACACACACACACACAUACACACACACUAAUUAUAGAGGACCCUGAGGGUGUCUGAGCCCAGCCACCUGAAGUUUUAGUACUGUGUUGUCGGGCUGUUUCCAGGCCUUGGGUGUUGUCUUUUGUGCUGUGUGGGGAUGCCAUUGCUGCCUGUAUUUAUGAUCUUUCACCGUGGGUUCCGAGCAUUCACCUCACCAUGUUUACAGAGAACUAUUUUGUAUAUAGACUUUUUCAGGCACGUGCUUUGCACCAACCCCGUGUGGCUCUUGUCUGUGUUAGCUGUCACAGUGUGCACACUAAUCUCUGUUAAAGUUGUUUGUGGCUGUUUUACCUGUAAGAUAGUUUUCUAUUUCCUUCAGUAAUGUGUCCACAGUACCCUGUAUUUCGAGUUCUAUUAUACUGAAGUACUCUUGUUUUAAUAGUGCCUCCCCAGAGACCUCACCUUGGACAGAGGUCAGUCCUUGAUGCCCCAGCGCAGUUGACAUCGCUAAUUGUCACUUUCCAGUUUGUUCUUCUCUAUCAAGGAAGACAUUUUUUUAAUUGCAUCUCCAUGGGCGGUGAGACUGUGUGAAGCUGUUUAUGUGGUCUCUAUGUAGGUGCUGUGUUCCCAGCACCACCUUGCUCUGAACACUGGUAAUUCCAGGUGCUGCGCUCGGCAGAGGGGUCUCGCCAAAGCGCAUGUGUGUGCGUGUGUGAAUGUGUGUGUCCUUUGCAUGGCCGGGCGUGGCUGCCUUGCUCGGGCAUCAGCAGGACAUGGUGUGAAUAGUUACAAUGCUUCCAAACUGGAACUCUACAUUUUGUAUCUUUUAAAGCUCCUAUAAGUAAAGUAACUAUUGGCUUUAUUAAAAAUAUACAUUUAAUAAUA